UGGAACUGGGCUAGCGGUAGGGGGAAGCGGCGCGUUAAAUCCGCCCCCUCCCCACACCCUACUUCCGAAGGGGUGGGCGAUAGAGGGGAGCUUGGGGUUGGAGCAGCAGCGAGGGGGCCCCUCCCUUGCACCUCCCCCCACCGGACUUGGUCGCGCCCGAAGUGUAACACUUUCUCUUUGUCGGAGGAGCUCCUCUGUUUCCUGUGCUGUAGCUCCCGUUGCGGCGGCGCCCGUGGCAGCCCUGGCGGACGCAGGAGCGAUGGCAGCGACCGAUAUAGCUCGCCAGGUGGGUGAAGGUUGCCGAACUGUCCCCCUGGCUGGACAUGUGGGGUUUGACAGCUUGCCUGACCAGCUGGUGAAUAAGUCAGUCAGCCAGGGCUUCUGCUUCAACAUCCUGUGCGUGGGAGAGACAGGUUUGGGCAAGUCCACCCUCAUGGAUACUCUGUUCAAUACCAAGUUCGAGGGGGAGCCAGCCACCCACACUCAACCUGGUGUCCAGCUCCGGUCCAAUACCUAUGACCUCCAAGAGAGCAACGUGGGGCUGAAGCUCACAAUUGUUAGCACAGUGGGCUUUGGGGACCAGAUCAACAAGGAGGACAGCUACAAGCCCAUUGUGGAAUUCAUUGAUGCGCAGUUUGAGGCCUACCUGCAGGAAGAGCUGAAGAUCCGAAGAGUGCUGCACACCUACCAUGACUCCCGAAUCCAUGCCUGCCUGUACUUCAUCGCCCCCACAGGUCAUUCUCUGAAGUCUCUGGACCUAGUGACGAUGAAGAAGCUGGACAGCAAGGUGAACAUAAUCCCCAUCAUUGCCAAAUCAGACGCCAUUUCUAAGAGCGAGCUAACAAAGUUCAAAAUCAAAAUCACCAGUGAACUUGUCAGCAACGGGGUCCAGAUCUAUCAAUUCCCCACAGAUGACGAAUCGGUGGCAGAGAUCAAUGGGACCAUGAAUGCCCACCUGCCCUUUGCUGUCAUUGGCAGCACGGAAGAACUGAAGAUAGGGAACAAGAUGAUGAAGGCCCGGCAGUAUCCUUGGGGCACAGUGCAGGUUGAAAACGAGGCUCACUGCGACUUUGUGAAGCUGCGGGAGAUGCUGAUUCGGGUCAACAUGGAGGAUCUGCGGGAGCAGACCCACACCCGGCACUAUGAACUGUACCGCCGCUGUAAGCUGGAGGAGAUGGGCUUCAAGGACACCGACCCUGACAGCAAACCCUUCAGUUUACAGGAGACAUAUGAGGCCAAAAGGAAUGAGUUCCUAGGGGAGCUGCAGAAAAAGGAAGAGGAGAUGAGACAAAUGUUCGUCCAGAGAGUCAAAGAGAAAGAAGCGGAGCUCAAAGAGGCAGAGAAAGAGCUGCAUGAGAAAUUUGACCGUCUGAAGAAGCUUCACCAAGAUGAGAAGAAGAAGCUGGAAGAUAAGAAGAAAUCCCUGGAUGAUGAAGUGAAUGCCUUCAAACAGAGAAAGACGGCAGCCGAGCUGCUCCAGUCUCAGGGUUCCCAGGCUGGAGGCUCACAGACUCUGAAAAGAGAUAAAGAGAAGAAAAAUUAACUCUGCUGUUUGCUGCAUGCUGCAUGAGACCCAGGGUCCUGUAAUCCAUGGCUGUGUACUGAAUAGUAUCCCCUGCUACAGCUGGACUGGACUCCACUUAGCCUUUUAAGCGAAGGUUCCUAUUUUAAUUGACAGCUUUCUUUUGGGGUGUCAGGCAACCGGGCCUCCCACCCCUGCUGUGUACUUCAAGCCCCACUUCUUUUUGAUUUCUGCAACUUCCUCCUGCCUCCCAGUCCCACUGGCACCGACAGUGACCUUCUUCUUUUUCAUUUUUUUUUGGGUGGGAUUGUUUUGUGAUCACUUCCUUUCAAAACACAGUCAAGAAGGCUAUGCCAAAUUUCUAGGCCUUUUUGAAGUGUCAAGAAAGGGGAAGGGGUUUCUUUAUUCAAUAACAGAUAAUAGUAGGAAGCACACAAAAAAAAAAACAGCAGAAAGUAGAAAAACUGAAAAGCAGACAAAGGCACAGACUUUGUCUUGUUGACAAAGCAAGAACUCACUUCUGAUACAUAUUGGUUGGUGAUUCAAGGAUUGGUUAGUGGUCAGAGGCCAGCGAGAUGGUAAUGCUGCCAAAGCACACACUAGUUUCUUGGGAAAAUUCAAGUCACAGUAGAGCAUUUUAGGAGACCCUAUGCUGGUUGGUAAAACGAACCACCACCAUCAAAACCCUCAUAAGCCAAAACCAAAAAAAUCAUCAGCAGUAACUCAGAGUUAAGGAUGUCAGGUCGCCUUGCGAGAGACUCCUUAUUUACAGCUUUGAUGUUCCAAAAUCCACCUUUAGAGGUUACCAACCAGAAUCACCAUCCUCCUGGAUAAUUACUAGCAUUAUGAACAGGAGGCCCCCUCAUUUGCAUUUGUUUACAGAUUGACCACUUGAAGCUUGAGGAUCUCAAAAUACUUUAAAAGUAUUAAAGCCACAUUGCCUUUGUGAGACUUUUAGAAAGUAAGCAGGAAUUUUAUAUAAAAGGAAGAAAUUUAGGUAAGACAGAUAUAACCCACUUGUUCGUGUAAGAGGAAAUUGAGACCCAGAGAAGCAAAGGGACUUACCCAAAGUCCUGCUGCUGUUUCUUGGCAGAAAUCAGGCUAAAUUUCUUGUCAUUCAUUUCGCCAAGGGAUUCAGUCUGUUUAUAUGUGUUCCUGGAGACAAGGUCUUUUGAUGUUCAGAGAAACUGAAUAGUCAGUGUUAGAAGACCUGGAGUUUUUUUUUAAGAUGCUGAUGGACCUUUAUUUUAUUCAUUUAUUCAUAUUCAUAUGUGGUGCUGAGAUUCAAUCCCAGUACUUCACAAAUGUCAGGCAAGCACUCUACUGCUGAGCCACAACCCCAGUUCUGGAGGGUUCUUUCCCCCAUAGAAAAGCAUCUGAGGAUGGGGCAGGUGGGGGCUGGCAUGGACUGGGUGCUACUGCCAAGAGGUGUCCUCCUGGUGCCUGUUAGCCCAUCAGCUUUCCUGUAAGUCUGGAACUGGGCCCAGGGGACUGUAUAUUUAACAGGUGCCCUGGACGAUCCUUAUAAUCAGGGAAGUUUGGUACACCAAAGUCUAACCUAUGAGCGAAUAUAAGACCUUUAGAAAGUUAGUCAGGCCUAUUAAAAGCAUCCAAGUGCUUGUUUCAUUGGGUAGCUUUUCUCACUGUAGAUAUUUUCCCCCUCUCUACUGAAAAGGCUUGUUAAUUAGUACCAUUGUUCCUAUUUUUUAAAAAUACCCUAAGUUCUCUGUUUACUUCUGGUGAAACAAAACCAGUCAUUAGAAAUGGCCUGUGCUUUUAUUUUCCCAGAUUGGAAUGGAAUGGCUUUCCUGAAACACACACACACACACACACACACACACACACACACGCACACACACGCACUUACUUCAUUUCUUAUAACCCAAGAAGGUUGCUUUCCCCAGCUGCAGGUUGGAUCACGGUUUUUGCUUUUGUUUUAUGUUGUUGUUGUUUGUUUUCAUCAUUUAGCAUUCACAUGUGGCUGUUAAUAUGUGCUUGUUUUUAAUUAAAACAAGAAGCUUUAAA